UCUUCCUCCUCUCCGGUUUCGUUUCCAGUGCUGCAGUCUGUUUAGUUACCCGGCGAGUGCAGGGCGGUUCUGGGUCAUCAUGGGCUGUUCUGUAAAUCAGAUCCAGUCCGUGUUCAGCGCGCUGCUGGUGUGCUGCUGCCUGUGUGCUCUGUCUCAGGGCACAGAACUCAGAUCCGUGACUUGCGGUUCCGUGGUGAAAUUACUCAACAUUAGACAUAACGUCAGAUUGCAUUCACAUGAUGUCAGGUACGGUUCUGGGAGCGGUCAGCAGUCGGUGACCGGAGUGACCACCGUUGACGACAGCAACAGCUACUGGACUGUCCGGGGGAAGAGCAACACGGUGUGCCAGCGGGGAGCCGCGGUUAAAUGCGGACAGACCAUCCGGCUCACACACGUCAACACCGGGCGCAACCUGCACAGCCACCGCUUCACAUCCCCGUUAUCUUCCAACCAGGAGGUGAGUGCGUUUGGGGACGAGGGCGAGGGGGACCUGCUGGACGACUGGACGGUGCUGUGCGCAGGGGAGGUGUGGGAGCGAGAGGAGGCGGUCCGGCUCAGGCACACUGCCACCGACGCCCUGCUGUCAGUGACCGGCGAGCAGUACGGCCGGCCCAUCAACGGGCAGCGCGAGGUCCACGCCAUGCCUCAGGCCAGCCAGCACAACUUCUGGAGAGCCAUGGAGGGGGUCUUCAUGAAGCCCAGCUUGCAGCAACUGAGGGCGAGCGCUGCACAGCUGCACAGCGAGCUGUGAUUUAUCUUCUGUAAACACUAACGCGGCCGAUCUGCGCUACAGAGAGAGGCGGCCAGCCCUGCAUUCAAGAGCAGCAAACUGGAUUUUGUUCCGACCUUUCGGUGGUUAUAAGAAACGGAUUUAACACCUCGAUUGCGAUUUUGCAUGUUACACUUUUGACAAAAUUGUCCCCGCUAGGCUGUGGUGUUCAACAAUUGUACAGUUCUUUUAUUUUUUAACAGAUGCUGACGUGGUCCGGGGGGUGUGCCGGGGGGUUCAAUAGCUAGCGUUGCCAAGUGUUACAGAAUAACUCUCGAUUUCCAUUCUAUCAGUCAGGGUUCUUUCUAAACACAAUUAAACACUGGGGAUUUUUGUGAUUCCAUUAAUAAAUCAACUGUGGGAUUUGCUCUGGAAGUCACUGAGCCUGACCCAACGCACCAAACUGUCAUCAGAGAACCAGGUUGCCUUCAGAACAUCCCAUUGCAGUGCGAUUCUAAACAGAAACCCCUCUCAACAACAACACUGCAGAGACUGUAGUUGCCUGUGACUGGCAGUGUACACUAGCUGUAGUUGCCUGUGACUGGCAGUGUACACUAGCUGUAGUUGCCUGUGACUGGCAGUGUACACUAGCUGUAGUUGCCUGUGACUGGCAGUGUACACUAGCUGUAGUUGCCUGUGACUGGCAGUGUACACUAGCUGUAGUUGCCUGUGACUGGCAGUGUACACUAGCUGUAGUUGCCUGUGACUGGCAGUGUACACUAGCUGUAGUUGCCUGUGACUGGCAGUGUACACUAGCUGUAGUUGCCUGUGACUGGCAGUGUACACUAGCUGUAGUUGCCUGUGACUGGCAGUGUACACUAGCUGUAGUUGCCUGUGACUGGCAGUGUACACUAGCUGUAGUUGCCUGUGACUGGCAGUGUACACUAGCGAGAGACACAGUGUGGUGCUUUAUCCUGGCUUUUGAAAUUUAUUUUAACCCUUCACGAAAGUGACUCCCUGCACGCCUUUUACUUGAUUUACCUUGACUUUUAAAGGUAACAUUAGAAAGUGUUUUUUUGUGAAGUGUCAGUAUAUCUAAACAGUGUUGGAGGUUGUUUGAGAAACACACACAGUGUUUAUCAUUUAUAAUAGUGCAGCCCAAGUGCUGUUGUACUCAUUGUAAUAAAAGCAUUGAUUUUUAUAGUUAGGGUUCUAGCAGUAAGUCACACCAGUAUCACAGACCAACAGUGUCUUUACUGCUGGAAAUAUAGCCUGGAACAAAAUGUCCUCUUCACUGUUUAUAUGACGCUCUCGUGUGUGUGUGUGUGUAUAUAUAUAUAUAUAUAUAUAUAUAUAUAUAUAUAUAUAUAUAUAUAUAUAUAUAUAUAUGCAUAAACAUUUUUGAAAGAUGCUUGUUACAAAAGUUGAUUGCCAGACCAUUUAAUAUAGUGCAUUUUGAAUGCCUCAAAUAAAUCCUAUUAUUCAA